AUGGGAGACGAGAAGCCCGACAAUGAGCAGUCACUCCGCCCAAUCGCCUUUGCCGCGGUCGUCUUUUCGACGAUGGCCGUCUCCUCAUGCUUAAUCACAUUCCCCCUCAUCCUCCAUCAUAUCCAGACACUCGAGUCCCAUGUGGCGCUCGAUCUCGAGUUCUGCCAGGCUCGUGCUCGCGAUAUGUGGAAGGAGAUGCUGGAUAUUGAGACCGGAGGCAAGAGGGAUUCGGGGAAGAUUGCUGAUAUGAUUCUUGCUCAUCGUCGGAUUGAGAAGCGCGAUACACUGGUCGAUUUCUGGAAUAGACGGCUUCAUGAUGCCGAGCUGAGGGAUGAACCUCUACAAAAUGUUAGAGAAGAACGUGCCGGUUCAACCGGAUGCUGCACAUGCCAUCGUGGCCCUCCCGGACAAGCUGGAGAACCAGGUCGUGAUGGUAUCCCCGGCCUCGAUGGAGAACCAGGCCCCAUUGGACCUCCCGGACCUCCUGCUCCCCCAGGACCCUCAGCUGAUUCCCUCUUCCCUGAUCAAUGCCCAUGUGAAGCUCCCCAAGGAGAGCCAGGUCCCAAAGGACCACCCGGACCUGAUGGACCACCUGGACCUCCCGGAACACCUGGAGAUGAUGGAAAACCUGGUGAUCAAGGAUCGAGAGGAGGACCGGGAAUGCCUGGAAAUCCUGGAUUGCCCGGAAGGCCCGGACCUCCUGGAGAGCCUGGAACUUAUCGAACUGAGGUUGGACCCAAUGGAAGACCUGGGGCUCCUGGAAGACCUGGUGCUCCUGGGCAGCCUGGACCUCCCGGACCUCCUGGAACUGAUGGAAAGAACGGCCCUCUCGGACCUCCCGGACAACCUGGACCUCCUGGACAGCCCGGCCAGAACGGAAGCCCCGGAGAUAUUGGUGCUCCCGGAGAACUUGGAGCUCCCGGCAGCUGCGAUCAUUGCCCGCCGGCCCGUCUCGCCCCCGGCUAU